CUAGAAGAAAAAUUCAGUUUUUUUAUAAUUCAAUCUUUCAAAAUGGUGUUUCGUUCUCGCGCUUUACCUUCUAAAUGUAACAAAUUAUAUUUAAAAUGAACUUGACAAAACGUAUUUGACACCUGAACAUACUUAUAUAUAUUACAUGCAAGCAAAAAUACAGUUCUUCAAAAAUUCCAUUAGUUAUAAAUACUCUAAAGAAUAUUAGUGCGCAUAGCAGCAAUACCAAUUAAAUCUGUGAUGUUUGUGAUCUGGCUGUUAUUUAAAUUAUUUUACGUGAUAUAACAUGGAUUAUAGGCUCACGUAACGACGAUAUGAACCACGGCGGGUUGAAGAAUGCAGCCACCGAAUCACGCCUCGACAGCAAACGGGAACGUCGACGCGGUGCUGCCGGGAGACCGACGGCUCUACGUAGGGCUCCGUCAGACUCGGACGGUUCAGGAGAGACGGCACUGUCGACCGACAGCGGCGACCGCGCCAUCCGGUCCGCGCCACCACCUGCACGCAGCGGGAAAUCGCGAGGACGUAGACGCGGCAGCGAAUGGGAGGUGCUUGAAGGUCUGAAGGAUGGACAGCGGUUCGAUAAGAAGCCUGACACGUUCAACGGUUACUUGCACAAGAAACGCAAGUGGCCUCUCAAAGGGUGGCACAAGAGGUACUUCGUGAUAGACGGCGGCAUCUUGGUGUACGCUCGGUCAUCAACAGACAUCUCCCGCGGCCGCCUCCACGGCUCGGUCGACGUCGGCCUGUCGGUGAUAUCGGCGAAGGCAGGCCGGCGACGCAUCGACAUAGACGCGGACGAAUUCAUAUACCACCUGCGGGCGAAGACCCCGGACGUGUUCCGGACAUGGCUGAACGUGUUGAAGACGCACCGAUUAUAUCGUCAACAUCUACUAACAUUUGGUGCUAGAGAAUCGCUGCCGAAGAUCCAUGCUCCAUUAGAAGACCUAACUGUAGUCGAUGGCUCAAGGCUAAUAAGCCCCACGUCCCAGCCGCUGCGCGGGCCACAAGCUGGCUUCGUCUCUGGAACACCCGGUGGUCGACUGGCCAGCUGGAUCUUGGAGUCAGGUGGUCCUCUUGAGAACGCGUCAAAAGAGCUUGGUCAAGCGCAGCUCUCAGUUCAGCAGUUACAGCGGCUGCUGGACGCGCUGGAAUUACAACAACAAGUGCAUCACGACACCGACGUGUCACUAGAAGGCGCCUCGCCGAAUGUCAAAAAAGACCGGCGCAAGUUUGGAUUGCGCAAAAAGAAAUCGAAUAGCAAAUGCGCGUCCGUGGAACUCGCGCCACCGCACGUAGACUCGUCCAACUCCCAUAUGGCACUAUCAGCACUCACUGCGCCGCCUUCACCUGGAGGGGGAGCGUCCUCUAUACCAAACUCGGCGGCUUCCCUGCCCAUAGCAUGUGCUGCGGCGAGACCGCAGUCUCUACCCGGAGCGGAGUCUCUAGCUACAGGCACAGUGGCUGGUCCCGCCUCGCUGACCAGCUUAACACCAGACCACCAAUUGAGGGAAGACUUCUCGGUGCUGGCUAAGGAUUUGGUGACUAACUUGAAGACAAUAUUGUCCACUUUAGUAUGCGAGCGUGGGCGGCUGCGGGCGGCAGUAGAGACCCUGGAGGGCGCGGAGGCUGCCCCAGGCGGGGCCGUGCUGGCGGCUCUCAGGACCAACCUCACCUCUGCCCUGCAUCAGAACUCUGUUUUAUACACAGAGUUACGAUCGCGCCUCUCCCGGAUACACGACGCGUCUGACCUCGCAGAAAUAUCCUCGAUGGGACCCAACUCAGAUGCUAUAAAGCGGCACGCAACAUCCUUGAGCUACAGCUCCUCGUGUGUAUCCGCUUCGGAGUUCUUCGACGCUGAAGAACAUGACAACAGCGGUUUGAAGUCCUCGGAGAUUAUAGCCGCCAAUGAGGGUGGUGUAAUUGAGUUGGAAGGUGGUGACUCAUCAUCAGAAGCUGGCUCGCUGAGUAGUGAGGAGGGGUCCGCUAGUUCUGACAAUUCCGAUGGUAAGUCGGAGCAGGUGACGCUACGACUGAACCAGAACGGGCCCACUCAGGUGACGCGCCGCUCGCGCCUGCCGUGCCCGCGGCCUACGCCCGGCGGGCCCAGUCUCUGGAACCUCCUCUACAAGAACAUCGGCAAGGACCUCAGUCAGAUCUCCAUGCCCGUCACCAUCAACGAGCCACUCAACAUGCUGCAGAAACUAUGCGAAGAGUUGGAGUAUUCUGAGCUGCUGGACGCCGCGGCGGAUUGCACGGUGGCUUCUGAGCGGAUGUCGUUGGUAGCCGCGUUCGCCGUCAGCUCCUACUCCUCAUCAGCCCACCGAGCAGCCUCCAAACCCUUCAACCCACUCUUGGCAGAGACGUACGAGUGCAUACGAGAUGAUAAGGGCUUCCGGUUCAUUGCUGAGCAGGUGUCGCAUCACCCGCCGAUCUCGGCUUGCCACGCGGAGUCCUCCCGCUGGACGUUCUGGCAGGAGGCGAGGAUCAAGACCAAGUUCUGGGGCAAGUCGAUGGAGUUCCAGCCCACCGGUCGCGUGCACGUGCGACUCACGGCCACCGGAGACCACUACUAUUGGAAUAAGGUGACAACGUGCGUGCACAAUCUAUUCGGUGGACAGCGAUGGGUGGAUCAAUACGGCGACAUGCAUAUAGCCUGCAAAGGCACCAAUAUAUCGUGCAAACUCAACUUUAUCAAGGCGAGUUCGUGGACGAACACUCGUCACGAGGUACGAGGCGCAGUCAGCGGCGGCGGGCCCUCUCUUCGUCUGCAAGGACGCUGGUCAGAAGCAUUAUAUGCAGGGGAGAGACCCACCUCACGCUGUUUAUGGAGACCUGGGCCAAUGCCGCCCGACCAAGAGCAAUACUAUGGAUUCACCCGGUUCGCCAUGGAACUGAACGAGUUGGAGCCGGGCAUGAAGGAGAUUCUACCUCACACGGACACCAGGCUCAGGCCGGAUCAACGCGCGCUGGAAGACGGCGACGUGGAGGCGGCCGAGCGAUUCAAGUUGGAACUAGAGCAGGCGCAGCGAGACCGACGCCGGGACGAACACGAACACACGCCCGCGUGGUUCCGUAAAGCGACGGAAGAUGGUGAAGAGGUGUGGAUAUUCACCGGCGAGUACUGGAAGGCGCGCGAGGCGGGCUUCGUGAACAACACCGCGCCCAAGUUGUGGUGACCAUGUCUGAUAAUUCACCGUAUUCCGCAAUGCGAGGUGCUGUGCUAGAGGUUGUGUAUCAUCGCUUCCCGCUUCUAGAAGUUUACACCAUAGCCUUUUAUAUAUAAUUACCGCAUUAGAUUACUUAUUAAACAGUAGGGUAAUUGUACCAAUUCGCGACACCAUCAAUAUUUAAUAGAUAAAACUUAUAUGUACCCCACCGAUCGAUCCCCGUCCAAUUCAAACGGGGAUCGUAAUUACGACAGCCUGGGCGAGGUUCGGACCCCUAGAAGUGCCCUCAGAUUAAAGUCGUAUCCGUCAGGUGGGAGUUGGCCUUCAGCCGCUCCAUAAGCCUUUCCUCGAGUUUGGAGUACCAUUUGUACUCGCCUAUC